AACCCUCUGCUCCCCUUGCGUAUCCCCUUCAUCCACACAAACGCACAAUGGCUGGGCUCGGUGUGCCCGUCAAACUUCUCCACGAGUCUCUCGGCCACGUCAUCACCGUCGAGCUCAAGACCGGCCAGCUCUAUCGCGGCAAGCUCGCUGAAGCCGAGGACAACCUCAAUAUCUCUCUCAAAGAUAUCACUGUGACUGCCAGAGACGGCCGUGUGUCGCAGCUUGACCAGGUCUACAUCCGCGGGAGCAUGAUCAGGUUCUUCAUUGUCCCCGACAUGCUGCAAAACGCCCCCAUGUUCAAGCGCGUCGGACCGAACGCGAUGCGUGGACGUGGUAUCGGUACAGCUCGUGGUCGCGCGACCAUCAUGCGCGCAAAUGCCCGUCGUGGUCGUGGUGUGCCUGCGGCCCGUGCCAUCCGACGAUAAAUUUGGAGAGGCCCUCGGUCUCCGUAUUUGCUUUGCUCGAAAUCGAAAUCAGUAGGUACACGUCCUAUCGCAAAAAUAAUGUCCGCCAUAGCAUUACGCAUCAUUCUUGAAACUUAGCUUUGUACCUUGUCCAUGCCCAUCAUCGUUCCGUAGAUGUAGCGAUCGGAUUCCUGAUUCAUUGCAGCUGUCGUAUCAUGCUGGGUCGUGUCCGGCUGGAACCUGGCUGUUUGGGCGCUCGAAGUUAAGAUGAUUAUGCCCCUUCGAAUCUCCGCAUUCUGACUGGGCUUGAAACAACUUUUCACGUUCCGUAUAUGCACAACACGAUGAAACACC